AUGGAGAAUGCCAGUGGUGGAUUCAUGUCGGACCUAACAUUUCAUGGAGGCAGGUUCGGCGCUUGGAUGGGUAACCAACAAUUUACCGUUCGAAAUGUUUAUUUUUCUGAAUGCAAGACAGCUAUAUGUAUGCAUUGGAAUUGGGCAUGGACGUUCAUCGAUGUGCACGUUCAUAACUGCGAAAUUGGAUUGGAAUUGCUCGGCAUGUUUCCGGACAAACAAGGAGUGGGGUCUUUGAUAUUAUCUGAUUGGGAUGUGUCUGACUCAUCGGUAGUCGUUCAGCUUGAAAAAGAAGGAACUGGACGUUUGAUUCUCGACAAUAUGCACAUUCGAGAUGUCCAAAGCAUAGUAAAAGGACCCAGCGGUCCGCUUCUUCUACCGAAAUGUACUCAAGAUACAGUCAAAUUUUGGCUUAAAGCACCUGCUUCACUUCCGUCAGCACCCUCAGAGCUACAGUUGCGUCAUACUCCAGACGGUCCGAUUUACAUGGGCCAUAUUUCGCCUCCCGUUCGUCCUCAAUGCCUAACGAAUAAGAAGGGGCAUUGGUUUGGUCGAGAAAAACCCUCUUAUGAAACUUGGCACAAUUUGGUCAACGUUCAAAAGUAUGGGGCAAAAGGCGAUGGUGUGAGCGAUGAUACAAAGGCUAUACAGGUUGUGUUGGAUGAAGCUAUUGGUCAGGUCAUAUUUGUGCCCUACGGUGUGUAUGUUCUGCACGACACGCUGCACAUUCCUACAGGAACAUUAAUGGUUGGUGAAGCCCAACCCAUAUUUGUUGGUACCGGUCCAAAAUUUCAAGACGCAUAA